AUGGCGGACAUAGCGCUUUUGGUGGCCGAGGAGUACGAGAGGAGGGUGAGACAGACGGCGGAUUCGAGACCAGCGUCGGUGGAAUUUGAUUGGUGGAAGAAUAUUCCGGCGAAGAUGACUAUAGGAGUCAACGAGAAGAAGAUAGUGAGUUUCAUGAAGAAGUUUGAGGCUAAAUCUCAGUUUGCUCUCGCCAUCUCUCAUGGCUUCUUCUCACCUUGA